AUGGAUGUGCCCGGGUACGCGUUGAUCACGGGCGGAGGAUCAGGCAUCGGCAGGGAGUGCGCAAAGACGUUUGCGCGCGACGGGGCCGCGGGCGUGGCGCUGCUGGAUCUGAACCACGACGGGUUGCUCGCGGUGAAGGCCGAGAUCGAGGCGCAACAACAACAGCAACAAAGCAGCGAAGGGGGAACCAAGGCGAAAGCGCCGUGCAGGGUCGAGGUGUACGUCGUGGACGUGCGCAACGAGGACCAAGUCAACCAGACGGUGGCGACGGUGGCGCGCACGUUCGGCCGGCUCGACUACGUCGUCAACGCGGCGGGGGUGGCCAAGAAGCACGCCGGCGGCGCCGCGUUUGCCACGACCGAGGACUGGCAGCGCGUGCUCGACAUCAACCUGACGGGGACGUUCUUCGUGCUCCGGGCGGCGGCGCAGAUCAUGCUGAAGCAGGAGCCCUUGGCCUCGAGCAUCGACGGCCGGGCCCUCCAGCGCGGCUCCAUCGUCAACCUAGGCUCGAUCCUCGGCGCGGUCGGCGUGCCCCUGUCGACGGCCUACACGGCCUCGAAGCACGGCGUGCUGGGCCUCACGCGCUCCGCGUCCGAGGACUACGCGUCGCAGGGGCUGCGCAUCAACGCCAUCUGCCCGGGGUACAUCGACACGCCCAUGACCAACAACACCUCGGACCCGCUCAUCCGCAACACCAUGACCGACAUGGUCGCGCACGCCGUGCCCAUGAAGCGCGCGGGCCUGCCGCGCGAGAUCGCAGACGGCGUCGUCUACCUCUCCGGGGGGAGGAGCUCGUUCGUCACGGGCACGGCGCUCUUCGUCGAUGGCGGGUAUACCGAGAGAUAG